AUGUUUGGCGCGCCUGCGCCCGCGGCGGCGACAACCUCCCUGUUUGGGGCGCCGGCGUCGGGGGCAGCGCCCGCCACUGGGCUGUUCGGAGCGCCGGCGGCGCCGGCUCCCGCCGCAGGCCUCUUCGGGGCGGCGGCGCCGCCGCCUGCCGCCGGCGGCGGGCUCUUCGGGGCCCCCGCCGCGCCGGCGCCGGCGCCCGCCACCGGCCUAUUCGGCGCGCCUACGCCAGCACCCGUGGCCGCGCCGUUUGGCGGCGCCGCUCACCGCGUUGCCGGCACCUCGCUCUUCGGCGCCACUGCGCCGGUGCCGGCCCCGGCGCCCGUCGGCACCUCCCUCUUCGGAGCCGCGCCCAGCGGUGGCCUCUUUGGCGCUCCGGCGGCGCCCGCGCCCGCCGCCGCCGCGCCCGCCGCCGCCGCGCCCGCCGGUCCGGCGGGCCCGGAGCUGCAGGCGAAGCGCGCCGCCGCCUUCGCCGCUUCGGACGAGGCGCUCUGGUCCCGCGCCGACGCGCACAACCCCGACCCGAGCCGCUUCUGCCCCGUCCAGCUCACCGGCUUCCAGGCGCUGCAAGAGAAGAGGAGAGAAGAGAAGAGGAGAACGCAGCCCGGGCAGGGGGCGGCGCGGCUGCACGCUCUCGCCUCGUCGAUUGCGCUGCAGGGCGGCGGCGGCGCGGCGGCGGCGCGGGAGGCUGGCUUCUUUGAUCGCGGCGGCGAGCUACCCGAGGUGGCGGCCAACGUGCGGUUGCACCGCGGCUGGUUCGACGCGUCGCUGCCGGCGUUCUUGGCGCGCGAGAUGGCGGUGGGGGAGGUGGCGCUGCCUCUGCACGUCUCCUUCCUGCACAUCGACUGCGACCUGUACUCGUCGACGCAGACAGUGCUGCGCUGCCUCGCGUGCGCCAUCGGGGUCGGCACCGUCGUGGUGUUUGACGAGUGGUGCGGCUACGUCGGCUGGGAGGAGCACGAGGCGCGCGCGUGGCGCGAGUUUUGCGACGAGCACGGCGUGCGCUUUCAAUGGAUUGAGCCGCCCUCAGCUGCAGCAUCAGCAGCAGCAGCAACGGGAGGAGGAGCAGGAGGAGCAGGAGGAGGAAGCUCCGGUGGUGAGAGGUCGACGACUGCGGGCGAGGGAGAUCAGGCGGAGGGCGGAGGUGCGGGGCCAUCCAAGGCCCUGCUUGUCACGGCGAUUCGACCGCAGCAGCAGCAGCCACCGCCACAGCCACAGCCACCGCCACCGCUGCGCCCGCCGGCGGCUGCGCGCAAGGACAAGCAGGCGUCCAAAAAGAAUGGCAGCAGUGCUCAAAAGUCCCCCGCGUCGGCCGCGGCGGCCGAGAAGGUGGCGGCGGCGCAGCAGGCGGCACGGGAGGCGGUGGCGGCGCGUGAGGCGGUGGCGGCGGCGGCGGCGGCGGCGGCGGCCGAGCUCGAGCAGCAGAAGCAGGCACUCGCGGCGGAGGUGCACGCGCGUCUUCGCGACGAGGCGAAGCUCUUUGGCGACGAGGGCCAGACGGGUGACGGCGGCGGCGGCGGCGGCGGCUGCUGUGGCGGCGGCGACGACGACGAUCUCGGGGCGCUCCUCGACGUGGAGACGCUCGGCAGCUGCCGGCCCGCCGACGCCGACCCGCGCAGCCCUCGGCACGAGCGGCGGCCGUUUGCAUGCGCGGUGCGCGUGGCGGUCGCGGGGCAGAGCGUCGAGAUGGGCGUCGAGCAAGGCCAGGCGGUGGUGGACGAGGUGGUCGCGACGUUUGCGCGCGGGCCGACGGCGACGAGCGGCAGGGCGCUGCGCCCCGGCGCGCAGCACUGGGUGCUGUGGCGCAACCUCGGCGCGCACUCGCUGCGGCUGGAGCCGAACAAGUCCAACUCGAUCGUGUGGCUGAACAAGGCGCACGCGCGCAGGUCGGAGCUUGAGUCGUCGUGCGCGUGGCCGGCGCAGCGCGCGCUGCUGCGCAGCGUGCUGCCGCACGCAGAGACAUGGGUGAGCCUGCUGCAGCGGGCGCGCGAGGACGGCGGCAUCGACAUCAAGGACGAUUGUCGCCUCGACGACCGCUCGGCAAAGUGCCACCAGGACGGCAACAACUCGGUCGCCAAGGGAAACGUUCCGCUGGUCCGCCUAGCGCUCAACGUCUCAUCGGCCGCGUCGGGCCGCUCGCUCGACUACCUUCAGCUCUCGACCGACGGGACCUUCGUCGACGGAGCCGCGCGUGAGGCGGCGCUGCUCCACUCGGUGUCGCAGCACCGCAUGUGGCACGGCGCCGCGCAGACGACCCACGGCUACGUCCAGGGGGUCUCAAACUGCUGCCACGGCUCGUCUGCCGGCACCGGCCCGUGCCUCAAGCGCAUCGUGACUGUCUUUGCGCUGCCCGACGACCACCCGCUCGCGGCGCUCACGGCGGCGCAGCGGCUGCGGCGCAUCGGCCUCUCGGUCUUUGCCAUCGACCCGCGCCACCAGAUGCGCGGCGCGGCGGGUUCUGCGGUGGCGGCAACGACGACGACGGCGCUGGCAUCGUCGCCAACACCAGCAGCAGACGUGGCGCCAGCGACAGCGGCGCCCGGAGAGGACGCGAGGCCGCAGCCGCAGCCGCCGGCGGUGAGCAAGGCGCAGGCGGCCAAGGCGGCCAAGGGGCAGCAGGCGGUCCUUCGCUCGUCGACGCACCGCGCCGCCUACUCACGCGGCCGCAAGGCCGACCCCGGCCCCGCGGUAGCCCACGCGGCGCUGCCCGCGGCGCUGUGCGAGCAGGCGACGUUGCGGUACGACUCGGCGACGCACGACUUGCGCGGGGCGGUGGUGGGUUUGCUUGAGCGUGCGGGAAGCGGGGUCGGCCGCUUUGAGGACUUGUCGCGCGACGGAGACAACGGCAGUAGCAUCAGCGGCGGAGAGACGCGGCGGCGGCUGGAGGAUUUUCGGGUGCCGGCGGAGGCGCUGCGCGGCUCGGGCGGCAGUGCUGCCGCUGCCGCGCAGCAGCACCUCACCCUCGCCCUCGCGGCCGACGCGCCCUUUCUGGCGGCCUUUGAGCAUCUGGUCGAGAUGGUAGUGGUGCCGAGCCUCAAGGCGCGUCUCGUAACGGCCGGCGCGUGCCACGCCCCCACGACGUUUUAUUAUCAGUAUCCGCCGACGCUGCGACUGCAGCCGGGGCCGAGCUCCCGCACAGUGCGCCCUCACUCGGACGCCGAGUACGGCCACCAGAGGGGCGAGAUCAACUGCUGGAUGCCGCUGACGGAUAGAUUGCUCACGAGGACGACGCUGUGGGCUGAGUCGCACGAGGGCGCCGGCGACGACCACCCGUUUGAGGUGGACGUCGGCGAGAUUGCUCUCUUCCACGGGACAGUCUGCAAGCACCACGUGCCUGCCAAUCCGAGCGAAUGGACGAGGGCCUCCCUUGACUUCCGCGUGGGCAUUGAGGGCUACUUUGAUCCGUCCUGGAGCAUGAAGGGGACGAAGCAGGACCACGGGAGACGGACGACGGCCACCGCCGCGGAAACGCUCGUCACGCCGUCGCGCGUCUUGGUGACCGUCUUCCUUACCACUACGGCGAGCCCCGCGCGGGGUCCGCAAGAGCCCGAGGAGCACCUUGAGGCCCUCGUCUUCACUCAGGUUGGCGUACUUGCGCGCAAACCUAGCAGAAGCAUUGACGAGGCGUUCCGCGACAUACUACUACCGGCGGGUACUUGCGUCGGCGUCUCUUCGCGCGCACCAGUCGGCCGGGACAAAGCGGUCACGCAGCACAGAGGUGCUAUCGACGCCGUUGAGGCGGCGCACCCACGGGUAGAGCGGGGAGUCCACGAGCAAGCCACGGCCCUCGGCUGCGAGGCACGGAUACAGCGAGAACGUGGAUGGGUUGCAGACGGCGGUGCGCGAGAGGACGAGGCGCGAAAGGCUCGCGGCGACGGAAUCCUGUGA